AUGUCGUCCUCUUCGGCGUCCGAUAACAUCAUCACCACCAAGAUCUCGCACAGCUUGGUCAAUGUGAAUAAGUUCACCAACAAUUUCUUGGUUGAUAAAUUGACCCCGUCGAUAGAACAAUUAAAUACUACAUCAACUAGCCAAGAAUCUGCACCCAAUGAAGUCGAUCUACUCAAAGUGCAAGAGUCAUUCCAGCAGUUGUAUUAUCUUGUAGGCGCACAGAAUGAGGGUGAAUUGGUUACCCCACAGGGUGUGAAACAGAAGAGGAAAGAUAAAAAAUUGAAAACUGGUAGUAGCAAGAAGAACAAGAUUCCUACCAUUAAGCUUCUUGAAUUGAAAAAGAUUCUUGAAAAUGUAAAAGAUUUGAAGUUCCAGUCCGAUGGUUCCCCUCAGCAGGAGUUGUACUGCUCAAUUGCUAACCACUUAAACAACUUUGUCAGUGUAUAUCUGUUAAUGAUCAUAUAUGCACACCUUACUGACACAUUGAUCGAUCUGACUAUCAGUUCUAAUGAACAUUUGUUGUACUGGGAUAGUGUGAAUGAUAGCAAUUUGAAGAAAUGGAUCUACCUAGUGCAAGUGCUGCCAGAGAGACUCUUCCAGGUAGUGAGAUCCAUCGCCGAAGAUUUCAAGAAGAGAGUCUUAAAUCCUGAAUACUUCGAAAACAACAGCUUUUUGAGAGUUGAAAAUGAAAGGGGCCCUGAAGAAGAAGGCGAUAGAUGGCCGAGCAAUACCGAAGAAGACAAUGAAUUCUACUAUGUGGUUAACAGAGCUCGCCAAUUGGCGAAUGUGCUUUAUUUGUCUACUACCAAGACCAUCAAGAAGUUAAUGGACUCUUUGUCGAUUCCUUCAUAUCUUUUCAUGCAAUUGAAUAGUAGAAAGUCAUUCACGAAAAAGUUCAUUGGUAAUAAGGGUCCUCUUGACUCAUUCAGGGCCCUUGGAGUGUAUCUGAAAAUAAUUAUAGGAGCUCCAAUCCGUUCAGUUAGUUUUGAAAUUGGUGAAAAGAGAUCUGUUAUAAAUGCUAACAUUGAUAACAUUGCUUUUGAUUUAGGUACCUUGAUCACUAGGUUACCCACUAAAGAAUUCAAUGAAUUGGAUACGUUGAAGGAGUUUGUAGAAACUGGAGCCAGUCUGCAAGUUUCGUCAAUAAUCGAAGAGUUAGAAUCAAUUCUUAAAUUAAAAACAUUUGGAUCUGUUAAUGAGAAGUUAUAUUGCAUUGUCGAGGGAAUUGAAACUUAUAAGAGGGAGUCUACUACCUCUCACAUCUCACCUCCAUCUUUUUGGACUAGAAAUUGGCCAAUUAUCUUCAUACUUUUAAAAUUUGGACCCAGAACUUCCUUAGAUCUUUUCAAUAACAGAAAUGAGAUUUACGAUUGGAUUAGAUUGAAUUUAUAUGAGACCGUCAGAGGUUUUAUCAACAAUUGGCUUAUUAAACCUAUCUCAGACAUGGUGAGUGUUAUAAGACACGAUGAUUCUUCCACUGAAUUCAGUAUUACAACAAAGGAAUCACUCCAGUCAGACUUGGAUUCAUUAGAAAGAAUGGUUGUAGAUUACGCAUUGGAUUAUGAAAAGGGUGAUUUUACUAGCCAAAAUAUUGGCGCAAUCAAAGAAGAGAUCAACAAAGCAGUAAAAGAGGGAAACUUGACAAUCCUAAUGUCCAAGUAUGAACAAGAUUUAAGAACUCCAUUCAAGUCUACAGUAAAUGGGUCGUUACCAAGAGGUUUAUUAAUUCAAUUGCAAAAAACAAAGGUUGAUGGAGCUAUUGCUAUUAAUGGAAUAGAUAAAUUGUUAAAGUCUCAGCAAUUGGUGUUUGGAAUGGUUUCCAUUAGUCCAUCUUUAAUUAUAGUGUACCAAGUUUGGCAAUUAAUAAAAAACCAGUUGUACAACAAGCCCAUGGUAUUGAAUGCUAAGCAAAUAAACUUGAUGUGCUUAAAAUCAUUGAAUAAUAUCGAAAAAUACUUGAACAUAUACAGUGAAGUGAGCCAAGACCAGAAGACUUACAUUGAAGGCUACUUAUUGAUAGAGAUUUUGAAUUUGAAAAGGCAGUCUUUAAAGGUAUUACCUAGAAAUAUUCAAGAGAUGUGGAUCAAAGAUUUAAAUGAUAUAAACGACGGUGAGUGGAGCAUAGAGGGUAGACUAAGAACAAUGAGUAGGAUUUGGAGUGUAUAUGGGCAUUAUUUCAGGUAA